AUGAACUUUGGUUUGCACAUUGGACCAGCGUUGGAAGCCACCCGUGAACGCACUAAAUCGUUGAAACGCAGGAUCUUCCCACUCUGUGUGUGCCACCUGAACGCAGCAGCAGACCAGAGCAGUCGAGGCGUGCUGCUGAUGACACCUUUAGCUGCUCGCUAAAGUCAUGGCGCUGCUCAAACACAGCUGCUGUUUUGCGGGCCGUUUUUCCACAAACCAUCUCUGGCUGAGUCCCAGAUGCAUCCCACAUGGCUACACCAGCAGUCUGACCACUGUGGCCACAUCCUCCCCAGACCGGACCGACAGAAAGAAGGAGCUGCUGGGGGACGACGGGCCCGAUCUACAGGACUUCAUCUCAGGGGAGCUAUCGGAGAAAAGCAAAUGGGCAGAGUACAGAGGCAACCUGAAGAGAGAGAAGGGAGAGAGGCUGCGGCUUCCUCCAUGGCUGAAGACGGAGAUCCCCAUCGGGAAAAACUUCAACCGGCUGAAGAACACACUGAGAGACCUCAACCUGCACACAGUGUGUGAGGAGGCCAGGUGUCCUAACAUCGGGGAAUGCUGGGGAGGAGGAGAAUACGCCACAGCCACAGCCACCAUCAUGCUGAUGGGGGACACGUGUACCCGUGGGUGCAGGUUCUGCUCCAUAAAGACGGCCCGUCGGCCUCCACCUCUGGACCCAGACGAGCCGUACAAUACAGCCAAGGCCAUCGCUGCCUGGGGGCUGGACUACGUGGUUCUCACCUCCGUUGACAGAGAUGAUAUUGCCGAUGGAGGGGCAGAUCACUUUGCUAAAACAGUCACCAACCUGAAGGAAAGGGACUCUAAGAUCCUGGUUGAGUGUCUGACCCCUGAUUUUCGCGGCGACUUGGCAGCAGUAGAGAAGAUCGCCCUGUCGGGGUUGGAUGUGUAUGCCCACAACGUGGAGACGGUGCGAGAGCUGCAAAGGUUUGUCCGUGACCCCAGAGCGAACAUUGACCAGUCUCUGAGUGUCCUGAGGCACGUUAAAAAGGUCAAACCCAACUUGCUCACCAAGACUUCCAUCAUGCUGGGUCUGGGCGAGACGGACCAACAGAUACUCAACACCUUGACCGAGUUGCGAGAGGCCGGAGUGGACUGUCUAACACUGGGCCAGUACAUGCAACCCACUAAACGCCACCUAAAAGUGGAGGAAUACGUCACUCCAGAGAGGUUCGCCCACUGGGAGAAAGUCGGUAAUGAAAUGGGCUUCGUCUACACAGCCAGCGGGCCUCUGGUUCGAUCCUCCUACAAAGCAGGCGAGUUCUUCCUGAAGAAUCUACUGGAGAAGAGAAAAGCAGAAGUCACCAUAGCUGAAUGAAAAGCACAGAAGCAGUAGCUUCUAGAGGCUGUCUCCCUUUAGUCUCGUCCCUAGCUACAACUAAACACAUUCACAGUGACAGCUUUACUCCUGCCGUACCAUAAUGCAUCAUUGUAAACUGCAGCACAGGAAACACUUAACAUUACAUGAUUAGUAUCAACAGCAAAAAAAGAAAGAAGGCAGGUGACAUUAAGGAGACCUCAUGUAAGUACAGGGAUCAUUCAGUUUCUUUUCGAGGCCCUUGUCCUCCCCUGUUCACCUGUAGCAACUCGGAGGAACAACGUUUCAGGGAGAGGAGAUCAAAGCGAUCAAGCAGGGGUUAAAGGCCUGCAGGUUUGUAGAUAAACUGGGUGUGGAGCAGAAAAUAUACAACCUGGUGUUAGCAGGGGCUGUAAUUUGCAAUCUCUGCACCACAGGAGGCCCCUAAAUCACAUUCACAUGAACUCCCUCCCCUCAGGGGCCCUGGACUGCAGGUUAGAGGUACUGAUCCCUGACCGCUAGCUCUGUUUAUGAACUCUUUGAUGUCUGCUGGUUCAGGACGGAUUCAAUGAAGUGUUAGAGGGUUUUUUUUUUUUUUUUUUUUGGACUGAGGGUUCCUGCAGCGGCUACAUGAUAGAAUAAUUGAAGAAAAAGUUAAAUUGGGGCCUCAAAUUGUGCUUACAUAAGGUACAGAAGUACAAGGAGGGAGGUACUUGUAUCUGAUAAAGAGACAAUUUUUUUUACGCAAAAUCAAUUUCAACCUUUGACUUGGACAAGAAAGUUGUGUGCUUAUUUUCUGCAAAGAUUGUUGGCACAGAACAAAUCUUUAAAAUGUACAUUUGUAUUUGAGGAAUUAAAAUGAAUCAGUGGACAUUUGCUGGUUUUUCAUUUUUGUGUCACUUUAUUUUUUGGAGUUGGAAUAAUAAACAGGAAAUAGGACACCCGUCACAUUUUAUUGCAUCGCCGUUUUGUAUUAUGAAGUCACUUAUACAGAGGACAAACACUGACUGACAUACAGUGUAAUGAUUUAUAAAAAUAUUUUUUUAAAACCGUAUAAAAAUUUGUUUUGCAAUUAAGCAACAAUACUUGAUUUAAAAAGUGAUACUGUAAGAAAGAAGACUCUGGCUAAUAGUAUACAAUUCAAAUCGGAGGUGCAUGUAUGACUUCAUCUGAAUUGUUCGGUUAAAAAAAAGAAAA